AUGCUCGUUAUGUUGGGUUCCAAAACCUCGAAAAAUGCUCAUCUUCGAAUUCUGGCUAUCGACGAAGCAGAUUCCAUAUCCGAGAAAAGCGAACACGAACUUUCCAUCGACCAUGAAGACAUUACUGGCGUGUCAUGCAGUUCCGAAGGAGUUCUGAGUAUUUUGGUUAAGGACGGCGCAUGGCGGUCCUAUCGAAUACAAGGCGAUUCAUUAGCGGACCUUGCUCCUCCUAUAACCCUCUCUGUCCCGUCCAUGCCUCUGUCGAACGCCCUCCUCGCCUUGACUACUUCCCACGUCUUACUCGCUACCGUUUCCUCCCAAGAAAUCAACAUCCUGCUUUGGGAUGUACAAUUCGCGGUCCUCUUAGCUUCUCACAGCGUCCCUGUGCCAUCGAGCCUGUCCUCAUCCUCUCUGCAAAUACGACUCGUCGCAGGCUCUCACUCGCAGCAGAGCCAGAAAACGAAGACUCAAGUGGUCAAUGGUCAAGCCAUCCUUAUCAUAUCUUCCGUGCCUACCAAAAAGCGUCAAGACGAGCCUUUUGAUGCCUCUCAGCAGAAAAGCACCUCAGUUCUCCUCGUCGUGCCCUUUACUGUUCCAUCACAGUCCACAAUCGCUGCUGCCAUGGGCCGCGGAGCUGCUGGCAAAAAGUGGCUGAAGAUAAGCAGUACAUUAAACGAUGCAAGCGCCAGCCAAAAGGGCGCUGAGGAGACCGCCAAGGAGAAAGUGUUGGGCACAAUGAGAGCGGCGAUUUCUAGUGGAAGACCACAGGCUGCUGUGGCGGCAUUUAUGAAGUGGGCACCAAAGGAAGGCCAGGAAACGACAUCGGCUCUGCAGCAUAAUUUUGUCAAAGAAGUUUUGGAAUUGGUCCUCCUUCCAGCCCCAGACUCGAAGGCACUUUCAGCGUAUGCAUCCGAGAUUGUGCGAUACCUCCUUGAACGACAACUUGCGUGCAGUUCCAUGAUUUCGAUGCCAGGAGGACUGUUAGGCGCAUUAAGAUUACGAGCAGACUGGAAAUCCAUCCAGCUGGCUUUCUCAAAAGUCCCCGACCUAACAGAAGUAGAGCUUGUUGAGACGUUGCGGUUUAUCAUAGCACACGAACGUCUCUCCUCCGCGCCAGAUGCAAUGCAAGUCGACCAAACGACUUCAGCAGACAACCCAUUGCCUCUUGCUGCUUACCUUGGUCUCUUAGCCAACUAUUCUACCUCUCGCGGCCCGCUUCUUCUGGCCUUCCGGCGGCAUCUUCAAGAUCCUGAAGACGUAACCAGAGUGCUUAGAGUUCUUGAGAUUUGGGUGGAGAGGAGAGGAAACAUGGGCGAAAACCUCUUCCCUUCUAAUAAAGAGUUGACAAAGACGAACCAGGGCAUGUGGAUCGUCUCAGGUAAGAAGGGUGGCAAUCAGGAUGUCCCUUCGCUGGAACAGAUCGUAAGCCUCUUGCAAACCCUCCUUGACGCGAGCUUCCUGGUCCUCCUCCCAUACAAGCCAGCCCACAGGAGCCUGCGCACACUGCGGGCCCUCCUGAACCCAGAGGUAGCCUUCGCACGUGAGGUGGAGCACUUACGUGGGCCUCUCGAGCCAUUCGCCGUUGCUCAGGAGAAGGCCGUGAAAGAGAGCCUCAUUUCUCCGCAGGAGAGGGAGAGGGAAAGAGAGAAGGGUGAUUGGAGGCAGAGGCGGAAAGCGGGUGCUGCAGGGACAGACAUUGGGGUUUAUCAGUUAGAAGAACUUGUCAUUUAA